GUUUCGUGUUUUGUUGACGUUUGCUGGUCGGUGGCUUUUUGUGGAUGAAUUUACAGACCUCAUCCAGCCUCUGGUGCAAUGUCAUUGGCCUCUCUGGAAGGCAGCAAACUGGAAGGGACACAGCCGGCCAGGCUUCGCUGCAAACGCGCUUAGCUCCUCCAGAUGCAGCCGCACAUCGACGGCGAGGGCGAAGGAAGAAGGCUCGCAGUGAUGUUUGACGCUCCGGUGUGAGAAAAUAAGCAGGAAAUUGUUUUCACCUCGACUGGAGGGGAGGCAGACAGAGAGAAAGACCCCCGUUUUUAUGUUCCGAACCCGCUCCAUUUUAAGCCCCUAUAGAGAGCCGCCUGGUUGCUGCCUUCUGUCUGUUUAGAUAUGGCCAUCAUAAGACAAUUUGGACUGCUGGUGUGGAAAAACUAUCUUCAGCAGAAACGUCAGAUCCUUGUAACGCUGGUGGAGAUCCUCCUGCCGCUGCUUUUCUCCGGCAUCCUCAUCGUGCUGCGCCAGAAGGUGCCUUUCCAGGACUACCCAAAUGCCACCGUCUACAGGAGCUUUGCCGUCGACAGUUUGCCGCGAGGCUUCCUGCGAGAGCUGCAGCUGGGCUACGUGCCCGGCAACUCCAGCGUGGUGCGUCAGGUGGCGGAGGACGUGCGAGCCCGACUGUCCCUGGCCUCAGUGCGCGGCUUUGAGACAGAGGAGCAGUUUGAGAAGCACAUCAGGACCGACCCCCAGUCGCACCAGCUGUUGGCGGGUGUCGUCUUUGAACACCCCUUCACCCACGACGACGAACCCCUGCCCCUGCAGGUGAGCUACCAUCUCCGCUUUACCUUCACUCCACGCAACGCCCCGUCUAGGGAGAGGUCCGAACUGAGCCCGAACAGCGACCUGGACUGGCACACUCUCAGCCUCUUCCCCCUUUUUCAGCUGCCAGGCCCAAGGGAACAGCAUGAGAAGGAGGGUGGUACGCCAGGUUAUUACCGCGAGGGCUUUCUGGCCGUCCAGCACGCAGUGGACCGAGCCAUCAUGCGAUCCCACAACAGAACUGGAGCAGAUCAUCUGCUAGGACAGACCAGGGUGGUUGUGUCACGCUUUCCUUACCCUGACUUUAUAUAUGACGUCUUCAUCCUGGCCAUUCAGAACCAGCUGCCUCUUCUCUUAGUGCUCAGCUUCACUUAUACGUCCCUCAACAUAGUGCGAGCUGUGGUGCAGGAGAAAGAGCGGAAGCUUAAGGAGUACAUGAGAAUGAUGGGCCUCAGCAACUGGCUGCACUGGAGUGCAUGGUUCCUGAUGUUCUUCCUCUUCCUUUCCAUUUCAGUGUUUUUCGUUACUCUGCUCCUCUGCAUCCGGGUGAGUCCAAAUGGUGCAGUGCUAAACUACAGUGACCCCACACUGGUCUUUGUCUUCCUGCUCGCCUUCACUGUGGCCACCAUCAACUACAGCUUCAUGAUCAGUGCCUUCUUCUCACGAGCCAAUGUGGCGGCGGCAGCGGGCGGCUUCAUCUACUUCCUCAGCUACCUGCCUUAUUUGUUCCUGUGGCCUCGCUAUGACUUACUGAGCCACGCUCAAAAGGUGUCGGCCUGCCUUAUCUCCAACGUGGCCAUGGCCAUGGGAGCACAGCUUAUUGGAAUGUUUGAAGGCAAAGGUACUGGAAUCCAGUGGUCGAACUUGUUUGACUCUGUGACGGUGGACGAUGACUUCUCCAUGGCCCAGGUUCUGUGCUUGCUGCUGUUUGAUUCGGUGCUUUACGGCCUGGUGGCCUGGUACAUGGAGGCCGUGUUUCCCGGGGAGUAUGGAGUGCCUCUUCCAUCUUACUUCUUUUUACUGCCUUCCUACUGGUGCAGCAGCCCUCGCAUGGCUUCAGUAAGCGAGAAGGAGGAAGAGGAGGAUGCAGAAAAAGCUAUGAAGGGAGAGUUUAUGGAGGAGGAGCCAGCUGGAGUAGUGUCUGGGGUAAAGAUUAAACAUCUUUCUAAGGAGUUCAAAGUAGGGCACAAGACACGGCAGGCUGUGCGAGACCUGACGCUGAACAUGUUCGAGGGGCAGAUCACAGUGGUGCUGGGACACAACGGCGCUGGGAAGACCACCACGCUGUCCAUGCUUACAGGUCUGUUUCCGCCCAGCAGUGGCAGGGCCUACAUCAACGGGUACGACAUCUGUCAGGACAUGGCUCUGAUCCGCCGCAGCCUGGGUCUCUGUCCCCAGCACGACGUUUUGUUCGACAACCUCACAGUGAGAGAGCAUCUGCUCUUCUAUACGCAGCUGAAAGGCUUCCCCAAGGAGCAAAUCCCAGACGAGGUGGAUCGGAUCAUCCGCAUCUUGAAUCUGGAGGACAAGCGACAUUCCCGCUCCAAGACUCUCUCUGGCGGCAUGAAGAGGAAGCUUUCUAUCGGCAUCGCCCUCAUAGGAGACUCCAAGGUUGUCAUGCUGGAUGAGCCCACGUCGGGUAUGGACCCAUCAGCGCGACGGGCCACCUGGGACCUUCUCCAGGGAGAGAAACGAGGCCGCACCAUCCUGCUCACAACUCAUUUCAUGGACGAGGCCGACCUGCUCGGCGACCGGAUCGCCAUCAUGGCAGGAGGCGAGCUGCAGUGCUGCGGCUCGCCUCUCUUCCUGAAGAACAAAUACGGUGCUGGGUACCACAUGGUGAUCGUCAAGGAUCCACUUUGCAAUGUAACCGAGAUCACACGCCUUGUUCACUUGUAUGUUCCCAACGCCACACUGGAGAGCAGCGCUGGAGCCGAGCUCUCUUACAUCCUGCCUAAAGAAAGCACCAGCAAAUUUGAGCUGCUGUUUGCCGAACUGGAGAUGAAUAAAGAAGAGCUGGGUAUUGCAAGCUAUGGAGCCUCAGUGACCACCAUGGAAGAAGUCUUCCUCAGAGUUGGAAAGCUGGUGGAUUCUAGUUUGGACAUUCAGGCGAUCCAGCUGCCAGCCCUUCAGUACCAACACGAGAGGCGCUCCCAUGACUGGACCACCGACGACGCCAGCAGCAUCAGUGGCCUGACAGACGUCACCGACUUCACCGACAGCGGCACGCUCAUCUCUGAGGACGGCUCCAACAUCAAACUCAACACGGGGGUGAGACUCCACCUGCAGCAGUUUUAUGCCAUGUUUCUGAAGAGGGCGCUCUACAGCUGGAGGAACUGGAAGGUGAUGGUGGCUCAGUUCUUGGUUCCUUUGAUCUUCACCGUUGUGGCCUUAGUGGUGGCGCGCACCCUUCCCAACCACCAGGACGCUCCGCUGCUGAGGCUGGCCCUCAGCCGCUACGGCGCCACCAAGGUCCCCGUGGCCCUGCAGCCUGGGGCGGGCCCCCUCGCCUCUUCUUUAGCGAAUGCGUACGCCUCCCAGCUCCUUGCCCAGCUGGGCGAGCUCAGAAAUAUCACAGACUUCACUCAGUACGUCCUGACCAAUGCGAAAGCAGAGGGCGGCAGCUUCAACGAGCGCUGCGUGGUGGGUGCUGCCUUCCUGGGCAGGACCAGCCACUAUUCAGAAGCAACAGCCUACUUCAACAACCAGGGUUACCACACACCUGCCACAGCCCUCAUGAUGGUGGACAAUGCCCUGUUCAAGCUUUUAGCUGGGCCCAACGCCUCCAUCCUGACGGGCAACUACCCCAUGCCUAGAAACCUGUCUGAGGCUGCAAGGAGCCAGCUCACAGAGAGUAAGACCGGGUUUGCCAUUGCCAUCAACCUGAUGUACGGCAUGGCCUCCCUGUCCAGCACUUUCGCCCUGCUGCUUGUAACCGAGUCGUCCAUCAAGUCGAAGCACGUGCAGCAGGUCAGCGGCGUCUACCUGUCCAACUUCUGGUUCUCCGCCCUGCUGUGGGACCUGGUCAACUUCCUGCUGCCGUGCCUCCUGAUGCUGGUUGUAUUUCAAGCGUUUGGAGUCGAGGCCUUUGUGGCGGAUCACCACCUCAUCGACGUCCUCCUGAUGCUCCUCCUGUACGGCUGGGCCAUCGUGCCUCUGAUGUAUCUGCUCAGCUUCUUCUUCUCCACCGCCGCCACCGCCUACACGCGCCUCACCAUCUUCAACAUGAUCUCCGGCACCUCCACGUUUCUGGCAGUCACCAUCAUGACCAUCCCAGAGUUAAACCUGGUGCACUUGUCACACUUGUUGGAUAAGGUGUUCCUGAUCUUCCCAAACUACUGCCUGGGCAUGUCAUUCAGCCAGUUCUACCAGAACUAUGAAUUCAUCAAGUUUUGCACCUCAGGUCCCAUCAGCAAAGGAAUCUGCCAAUACUUCAACAUCACGUACCAGACAAACUACUUCUCAAUGUCUGAGCCCGGUGUGGGACGCUUCCUGGUGGCCCUGUCCGUGCAGGGCGUCGUCUUCAACGCUCUGCUCUUCGUCAUCGAGCUGCAGUGUGUCCGCACCGUCUGCAGGUUCUUCACCUCUCUGUGCAGGAGACGCAAACAGAUGCCUCUGUUAGACGAUGCGGCGUUCCUCCCAGAGGACCGGGAUGUGGCUGAAGAGAGGAAGCGGGUCCUGGAGUGCCAGCCCGUGGUGGAGUCCAUGGUCGGCAGCCCCCUCAUCCUGCAUGAGCUCAGCAAGGUUUACAGCAGCGGGGAGAACCUUCUGGCUGUGGACAGGCUGUCUCUCGCUGUGGGGAAGGGUGAGUGCUUUGGCCUCCUGGGCUUCAACGGAGCAGGAAAGACCACGACGUUCAAGAUGCUGACCGGCGACGAGAGCGUGACGUCAGGCGACGCCUACAUAGACGGCUACAGCAUCCUGAGGGACAUUAAGAAGGUACAGCAGCGCAUAGGUUACUGUCCUCAGUUUGAUGCCGUGCUGGACCACAUGACCGGAAGAGAGACGCUGAGCAUGUACGCCCGGCUCAGAGGGAUCCCGGAGAAGUACGUGGCUGGAUGUGUGGAGAACGUCCUGAGGUCGCUGCUGCUGGAGCCACAUGCUGAUAAACUGACCCGCAGCUACAGUGGGGGUAACAAGAGGAAGCUGAGUGCCGGAAUGGCUUUGAUUGGUGGGCCUCCGGUCAUCUUCCUGGAUGAGCCUUCCACCGGGAUGGACCCUGUGGCCCGGAGGCUGCUGUGGGAUGCAGUGACGCGCACCCGGGAGUCUGGGAAGGCCAUAAUAAUCACUUCUCACAGCAUGGAGGAAUGUGAGGCCCUUUGCACCAGGCUGGCAGUGAUGGUUAACGGUCAGUUCAAGUGCCUCGGGAGUCCCCAGCACCUAAAGAGCAAGUUCGGCAGCGGCUACACGCUGCUGGCUAAGAUACACAAGGAGGAGGAUAUGGAGGACAGCGACCUGCAGCUUUUUAAAGACUUCAUUGAAAGCACCUUCCCAGGAAGCCAACUCAAAGAUGAGCACCAGGGAAUGGUUCACUACCAUCUGACAGAUAAAACACUAACCUGGGCACAGGUGUUCGGCACUUUGGAGGCAGCCAAAGAGAAGUACCGCAUCGAGGACUACUGCGUGAGCCAGAUAUCCCUGGAGCAAGUAUUCCUCAGCUUCGCUCAGUUCCAACACUCCUCACAGACUGACAGGAAGUAGGCGAAUAGAGGCGAGGAAUCCGUCCAGUGCUGACCCAAAACCUGUCUGCAAGGACACGCCGGUGCAAGCAAGAAAACCUCCCCCCCCCAAAAAAAAAAAACGUUGACUUGAACAUCAACACUAGCGAAGUCCGUGGUCCAGUCCGAAACGUUGCCGUUUCCGCUGUUUCACGAGACUUUGAUUGGUCAUUCACACUGUUUGUUGUUGGCGCGUGAAGUUAGGAACGCCGACUCUCAUCGUAGCUUUUUGGAUUUCGAUACCAAGUAAUGAACUCUUAGAUCUGCACCUUCUUAAUUGAGUCAAACGCAAUGAUGACCCUCAACCGCUACACUGAACUGUGUGUGACAGGGUUAGUGUGUGUGCGUGCGUGUAAGCGUGUGUGUGUUUAAUAUUUGUACAGAUUUUGUUUUUUCUUAUUUAUGACUUUUAUUACUUAUGUUUCCAAGAUGUUGUGCUGAUUUUCAUCACAGGAGAAUGAACCACUCUGAUGAUUGUGAAGUUGCUGUGCACCUUCGAGCCUUAUCCAGCAAACUAUUUGAUUGUUUUUAGGUUGCCCUCAACCGGAAGGAUUCCAAGAUGCUUAAGAGCCUCUGGACGUUGUGACCAGAUGUACAUAUUGGGACACCUUUAUGUGGGGCCUGUACUCGAUUCAAGACUGUUUUCAAUGUAAUGCAUGCAUGAGGUCUGAAUGAAGAAAAGCAUGACGCUCUGGGCGGUUAGAGCUAAAGGGAAUCAAAACUGAAGAAUAGUCCUGAGAUUACAUUUAAUCAUCUCUGAAUGCGGUCUGCACUGCUCCUUUUUUCCAGUUUACGUGAAUCCCAGUUUUCUGCAGCAACGUGCAACAGGAGGGAUGUUGUGAUUGCUUUGAAAAUGGAGUAGAUUCACCCAAUGAUUCCUUAAUUAGGCUAAUUUGCGAUAUGAAAAUGGUGAAUUAGUCACCAAACAACUAAUGAAUAUCAUUUCUAAGAAGACCAACCCUCGUUUUCUGGGACAAAUGAAUCCCUGCAGCCUUUUAAUGUCUUGUUCUCGUGCUUUUGGUUACACAUUAAGCAUCAAAUCAUGUUAACAUUAUUACGUUCCUAAAAUCAAAUCUGUAUAAAGGUGUAUGUAUUGUCUAGAAAAUACCCAGAGCUACAUUUAUUGUUUUCAAAAGUAAUCUUUCCCACACAUAUUAUUGACAAAUGUAGUCUCCUGCUUCUCCUUAAUGGUAAACGGACUGAAUUUAUGUAUCGCUUUUCUAUUGACAUGCUGACCACUCAAAGCAGUCGCUAUGUUACAAUCUAGGACAAGUAAAUUUCCUCAUACUCGGACCAACAAAUCACUUCAGUGGUGUGACGAAUGUACGCCUUCUCCAUGCCGUCCGACAUUAACGAAAAUAAUGCAUUCUCUUUUAUUAACCUCUUCAUUUACACUUCUAGGACGUCUUUGUACUGUUUUGCACAAUUCAUUGCCAUUAAGCAAAUGACUUGAACGAGUUACAGCAUGAACAUUUGACAUGUGUGCACUGCUGCUGUUUUAAAGACCGAGUCCUGCUGAAAUAUGGUGUGUCAUAUUUUAUAAAAAAAAAAAAAAAGGGAAUUCACAACAUUGUGACUGUGUAUUGUACUGUACCAUGACAAACUGAACCCGUCAAAUCUGUGUGCAUCCCUGUCCUUUUUAAAUUAAAUGAUGCUCCCGAUCAGAGCGAACAUCUGA